GUUGCUGCACAAUGCACCAAAUCUCUUCGUGAGAACACACAAGAUGCAUCGAGUGGAGUUAGUGGCAGCGCCAACUAAAAGAGUUGGGGUUCAUGGCAUGAGUGUGCCUUGCCUGUGCAUGUGCUCUGCGUCUGCAAUGUUCUGGUUGUGCCAUUGCUAUUCCCUUUAUUUUUGUAUUCUUCAUCUUCGGUGCUUCGGCGGUUCGGUAGGGGUAGGGUUAAAUAGUUAAGACAACGUGAAUGCGGAGUCAAGCGAAUGGUUGGGGCAAAAGUGAACCAGGGGCUCGGUCGGAGGGGGAGUGUAGAGUAUGGAAAAGAGCUCGGAUUGUGUGUGAAUGUGGAGGCGAUGUGAGGGUACCAAACCAAUGACGACGACUACGACACGAGCUAGUGACGGUGCUUCUUUAACACAAGCACCGAAAUUGUUAGUAACCAAAGCGCCGCGAUUGAGAGCGAUCGUGAUUUUUUCGGUUCUCGUUUUGUCGGAAUAAAGACGGUUUUGUUUGUUUAUUUUUUUUGUUGUUCAUUUCAUUUAAUUUCAUUUCGUAGUGUUUAUGUUUAUAAAUGAAGAUAGAAAACCCGUUAUGAGAGCGGUGUUUCGGUAUAAUUCUGAUUUUGAUUUGUAGAAUAUUAUCGGGAUCAGUUGUGUCGUGUCGAUAAUGUGGACAGUGAUUGAAUAUUGUGUUAUCUUAAGUGGAUAGUGUCAAACUGAAGCACUGAGAGAAAUAACGAGUUUGAAUAGAGGAACUUUUGAAAUAACCUUCCUUAAGAUAACAGCGAAUAUUUUUUAUUUCAAAUGCAAACGAAUGAAGGAUAUGACCAGAGAAAGGUUAACAUAGCUGGUUUCUGCGGUUUCUCCCAAAAAGAAAGUGUGCGGUUUCGGAAAUAAAAAAACCCUCCCACAAUCGCCAAACGUUUUAAUACAUAUUUUGUUCGUACGAAGAAAAAAACCGGGAAACAGAGAUCUUUCUAAGCGCGAAAUUCAUAGUGAACAUAGACAUUAAGAAGAGGAAAAGAGUCUCAGGACUACCUCCUGCACCAUCUUCAAUUCAAAGAUUCUUUUUCGACUUUUUUCACAUCUGUAGUAUAAUAGUGCAUCCAGAGUUUUUUCUUCGAUCCUGAUCUGAAAGCAGUUUCUUCUAUGUUGCAAUCAUGACGGCCUUCCCACGGAACGUUAUCGAAGUGAAUUCGGAUUCAAUGAAACUCACAAGAAAUUCCUUUACACUACACAUUCCUUUCUUUCACUUAAAUGCAACUAAUAGCAGCAACACCACAACAUACUGCACCAACAUUUUACAAAAACAAUGUCCGAAGCAAAAGAACCCUCCCCAGAGUCCAAUCAUUCACUAGAAAUCGAAAAACUAAAGCAACCCCCAAUACCAGCACCUCGUGAGUCAAUUCCAGUAAAAGCUCCAGCUAAAGUAGAAGAAACAGCUCCAUCUGUGGAUGUAAAUGAAUCGAAAAAACUCUGUGAUAAAAAAAUUAACGAAGCAAAUACUGCGGCUAAUACAAAAUCAAUUUUUACCAACGGAACAACAGGAAUACCUGCGAAGACAAUCCUUAAAAAAUCUGUUUCCUUCGAUCCAGAAGAUGAAACUGUUAAAAAAUUCACCUCAGGUGAAGUGAUAAUUGAUCAAAAGAACCCUUUUAAGAAGACCAACGGUCUAGGAGGGAGACAGAAAAAAACUCCACCACCGGUGCCAAUAAAGCGCUCCACUUUAAGUUCAGUGAAGCCAGCAACAAAACCAACACCAACUGUCAAAGAAGACUCAGAAUUUGUAACAACUGAAGAAGUUUUGAAACAAUCCAAGUACGUCAAGACAUACAUCAAGAAUCCAGAUAAGUACUUUGAGUACGAUCCAACUGUGUUAGCUCGAAUUAAGUUCGAGGAAUUGAAAGAACUUAGCGGUACAAAGCCUUCGAAAAAGGUCAAACUAACACAGCAAACCCAAGAACGUUUAAAAGAUUUAAAAAAGAAAUGUACACCACCUGCGAAAGCUUCAAAAAUUCCAAACUUCAAGAAGGUUUCAAAGCCAAACUACCCAGAUUUAUCGGACAUUAAAGUCAAAACCGGAACAGAUCUCGAAGAUUCUCUUUUUAAUCCUGAAGAAGUUACAAAGAACGCUAAGAAAUUUGACGAAAGGGUUAAAAAACUACAAAUAAGUUCCGACGACGAUUUAGAAGACAUCGAUGAACCAUUGACGAAAAGUGAUUCUAGCGAAGAAGUGAAACUGAACAAUUCAACUGGAGUUCAGAGUGAAGAUCAAGUUGAUACAGUUCCUGCCAAAGCAGAGCCAAAUGGAGAAGUGAAAUCAUUCACAAACACAGUUAAUUCUCAAGAAUUUCAAGAGUUCCUCAAGAAAAAAGGAUUAUCGUUGACACCCAAGCGUGCAGCAGCAGCAAAGACAAACGGUACAAAAGUAAACGGGGUGAUUCCUGCCGAACCUCAGCGAGUGCAAAUCGUUAUCGAAAAACAAACUCCAGUGGAACAAAUUUAUUCAGAUCCCGAUACAAUAAUGGAAACACCAAAGAAAACGAAAAAGCCUUCGGUUUUCCAGCGGCUACUACCGAAUGGGAUUUUCUCCUCCAAAAGGAAGACAACACCAAAAGAACAAGUUCCUAUACCACAGAGUGUCUACGGAAAUAUACCUGCAAAUGAAAAUGGCAAUGUGGUAAAGCCCUCUCCGGCAAUUAAGCGUGUUGUUCUGGAACGUCAGAGCUUCCAUGGGAGCUCUGGCAAUGGGCUGCUAAAUAAUGUUUCAGAUCUUAAAAAGCAAAUGGAGCGAUCAAGAAAAAGCUAUGCAGCUGGAGAUGAUCACUCCAACUCGAUCUCAAGUGCCUUAACAAAUGCCGACGACUUUCCGCCUCAGGAUGAAAAUAAUGUAAGCAGGGCGAAAAAAGAUGAACGUUCCCGUUCGGCGAGUGAGGGAACUCUUACUAAAGCUAAUCGCAGUCGAUCGUCUUCCAAGGAGAGACUUCACACAUCUCAGUCUAGAGACGGGUUAGUGAGAACGCGUAUUCAAAGGGCACAAAUUCCAAUAAGCUCAAUGAGGCCGAUGCCAAACAAGAGUUUGGAGAGAAAUGUCACAGAUAAACAUCAGCAACAGCAGUCGCAACAACCCCAGCAAGUUCAACUAAGGCGUUCGGUGGCUGAGCGACAAUCUCUGGUUCCGAAACGAUCAACGGCACAAGCUGCUGACAAGAGAGUUAUUUUUGGACGCUCUUCGUCUAUGGAUAGAAAUGAGAUUUCUAAAAGAAGUGGUUCACGGCUCAAUAAUUCCCUGCCAAAAUCAAAAAGUGCCUCAUCGACCCCCAAGGGUAUUCUUACUCCGAAGAAUUCCAAGGAAAAUUUACUUGACGGAGGUCCAAAGUUAACAUCGACGCCCAUUAGAGAAGACGUUGAGUUGAAGAAACCAUCGCCCCAAGUAGCCAAACCAUCUGUGUCGCCAAUUGAAGCCCUACCACAAUCACAAUCGCCGGCUACAAUGCAAGUGGGUCAGCAGGAAUGGGUCAAACUUAGUGAGAUCAAAGAACGCACUGAUCGGGAGCUUUAUAACAAAGUUAUCCAACAGACUCAGGGCGGAGUACACAAAGUGCCAAUGAGUGGAAAUCCAGAAAACAUUUACGAACGACUACCAGCCUAUCAAAUUCAGGUAGGGCAGUCAAUGUCACCGCCUUACCAACCGAUCUAUGCCCAGCUUGUUCCCGAGGGAAAUUUGCAGAAUUUUCUGCGAGGAUCACCACAAAGGAACACAUUUUCUGGUGUGUAUAGAAAUCGCAAUGCGAAGAUAAUCGACGGGAACCCAGUUCUCAUUCCCGAAAACCAACAAGUCCAUUCCAUCAGGUCAGAAGUGGUGUCCAAUCAGGUGCCAAGAUGUCAGAGUGUCCUCGAUGAAAUGAUGGCUCCGAAUCAGCGGGAUAAGGGCUAUCGAAGUGACUCCGAAACACCGGUGAUAAUGCGAAGAAAAGAUCAGACUCAACAGCGUAGUGGUACACUAACCCGUGAAGAAAUACUUCAGAAGGUGAAAGAGUUCUGUCGAAAGUCUCUAAACAAGACUCCUACCAAACUUGGAAGUUCAUCAACCCAGAUCAACAGUCACAAGGAGAUGAACGGAAAGGUGCCAAAUGAUAUUUCUCCGGUAUCCUAUGUCUCAGUUGAGACUCACAAUCGACCUUCAUCAAGAUUAGCAGCUCCACAAGUUCCCCAAAGGAUGCAAAGCCUCCCGCCUACAGCAAUAACAGUGUCAACGGUUAUCCAGCCCCAGGCUAGCACCCCAACAACAUCACCCAUAUACGCCCAUGUGAUAAAACGAAACAGUAUUCAAUCAAAUGUGUCCGAUCAAUUAGACAGUCCUCAAAGAAGAGCUUCGUCUUCGGCAGACUACUAUCACCAGCAGCCUAGGCGGCUCUUUGCUCAAUCUAGUGAAACAGACUCUGGGGUAUUCGGACGUCCUGACACAGCGUCACCAGCGAGAUUUGUUGUCAUGGACAGCGAUAAAGUAACUCCUGCGCAUCUAAUGAAGUAUGGACAAUAUGGGCAGGUACAAAUGCCAAGUCCGUAUGGGUUCAUUCACGUAAAGCCGCAACAGCAAGCACGUCCACGAAUGGAUGGACGAGCGACGCCUUUGAUUCUUGAACGGGGCAACCAGGUCGGUUCUCAAAUAUACUGGAGUCCAACAAGGGCACUUCAACAUAGUCCUCGAUUGCCAGUUCAAUUGAGUCCUAGGUAUGCCCCACAGGCACAACAACAUCUAAACAGACAACAAGGAUUGGGCGCAUUCGUAGCUCAACCACAACAACAACAACAACAACCACAGCAGCAGCCAAAUGGAAACCUGGUGUAUGUCAAGGUGCAAGAUCAAAUCUACCGUCCGAUAAACAUGCGCCCAGGUUCGGCUGGCACAAUGCCACCGCUACAACAACGCGUGCACAAAAUGCCACCACCAGCAGCAAUGAUGCAACCUAUAGCUCAACAGCAACCUCUGCCUGCAACUAUCUAUCCCCAGAUGUAUGAGAGUGAAAGUGGUUCGGAGGCAGGAGAAGUGCAGCGAAUAAUGGAAAGACAUCGGAUACAAGAAGACUGGCAAAAUGAGAAAUCCGGACGCAAUCAGUCAAAUGAACAAGUAUCCGACGAUAGAAGACGUAACGCCCGCCGCGAAGAUCCCAGGCGUCACACUUUGGGCGGUGAUAUGUUACAAUAUGGCGGGGGUGGUGGUGGAGUCGGAGGUGUUGCCAUUGGCAUGGGAAAUGCCAGUGGUGGUAUGGGCGGACAAGGCCAACCCCAACAGCGAGCCAUGGAUCUGGAGAUGGGUACACGAGCUCAAAAGAAUAAAAAGGGUCAACCAAUGCGUGGGUAUGCGCCAAUUAAUCAAGGACCUCUAUUUGAUGAGGACCCUGGAAUUAUGUCAGAAGUGGAAACAGCUAGUACAGGAUUUCGCAGAGGCGGUAAGCAACGAUCAUCGCUGCCAGUUGUUCGAACUCCAUCGAAAACUUUGGAAAGGCCUUUGGGAUUAGUAUUCCUUCAAUACCGUUCCGAAACGAAGAGGGCUCUUCUUCCAAACGAAAUAACAUCGAUCGAUACAGUUCGAGCAUUGUUUGUACGCUCAUUUCCACGCCAGUUGACCAUGGCUUAUUUGGAAGGUCCUAAUGUAAAGAUAUAUAUUCAUGACGCAAGUAAAGAUAUGUUUUAUGAAUUGGAAGAUGUGCGAUCACAUUUAAGGGAAAUACGAGAUAGAUCAGUGUUGCGAUUGUUUGAAUCGAAUGAAGUUGCUGCCCCGCCACAAGUGUUACCCGGAGGACCGGGAAUACCACAGCCAUUACCACAAGCUCAACCAGCUCAUUGGGAUCAAGAUCAGAGUUACUUCAGCGAACCAGAAUUUGAUUCAGAAUAUCAACAUCAGCAUAUCCAUAAGUCAAAGGGCGGCAAACAAGCACCAUACUAUGUCGGAGCAUCUCAGACACUUCCUCGGGGCAUGUAUUCAGAUAGAAACAAGGCUGCUGUUGGAGCUCCAGCAAAACCAUUGAGAUCAUAUGGCUCUCGGGGUAGUAUGGGGCCCCCAUUUUCCUAUCCUCCGGAUCAGCUUUACAGCAUCCCAGAUGGAUACACCAGUUCACCCGAAAGAGGAACACGUGGCAGUUAUGAAGAGCCAUAUUAUAGCCAAUAUGGGACACGAGGUGCAGCUGUAGCACCUAUUAUAGACGAAGAACAUGGUGAAGUGGCGUUAAGUGAAGACCAAUAUGCGUUAUAUGGUAUGAAGAUUGGUUCUGGAAGAAUACCAAGAAGUGCUAAUCAAGCGUAUGAUCCAACUCGACCCGAAGAUUUGCAUCGCAUUCGUGUUGAACACAUGGAACGGCAGCUAGCCAACCUAACCGGCUUGGUUCAAAAGGCUUUGGUUAAUCAAAAUCCACAAAUAGCUCCGGCUGUCGUUGGGAUGAAUCCAAACUACUUGGGUGUGCCCACUCAAUGUCGAGCAAACGGAUCUGGCGAUGAUAUGUACAUAAGAGAAAAGGCUCCAAAACUCGGCAAAAGCUCGUGUCAUAAAUCAGUGUCAUUUGAAAAAUCCGUUUCGUUUAGUGAUGAUAUCCAAGGUGUACCGAAGUCACAUAGUCCACAACAUGCUGCCGAUUCAAAACCACCAAAGCCAGCUAUUAAGUCGUCAACACUUCCUCGUACUUCGUCUCAAGCAGAAAGAGACCGACUCAAACCGCCACCACCUCCAAAACCACUCGCCUUGACCUCAUCGACUCAUCCUACAUACCGGGCCGAUAUAACAUUAGCGCCUGAAGUCUACAACCAUUUGAGAGGCUUACAAAAGAAAGCAAAGGAUCUGCGCAUGGAGGUGAGGACGUUGCGUAGACUUUCACAAGCUCAAGCUGUUGCCGUUAGGGAAGAUAUAAAGGAUGCUUUUAUGAGAAUUCGUGCUACUUUGCUGGCCAGUAGUGUCAACUAUUGGGGUCAGGGAGAUCAAGAAAAAACAAGAAUGUCAAGAGAAGAAGAGUUAUAUAAGCAGGAGGUUAUACGGUUGGAGAAGGAUUUAAGCGAUUUGGAGUCGUCAGUAGAAGGUUUGCGUGGUGAGGUCAUCAAUCGGAGAACUCGAGUUAAUAUGGCUGCUGUUGAAGAUAUGGCUCUGGUCUUAAGUCGAGCGAGUAAAACUGUGGCAGAACUGAAAAUGCGUUUCCCGAGCCUUCAAAACGGCCUUAGAAACAUUUUAGCCAACGAAAUGGAAAAAGUAGUUCGCGAAGAAAAGUUCCUCAAAGAAGAACCCGAUCGAUUAGAAUCAGCAUUGCGGAGAUGUAAAAAACUAACAGGAACAUUAGUUACAUUAAAAAGAUUGGCCAGUGUACAAGAACAACGAUUACCAGCUAACGAACCAACACAAGAGGAUCCUCCUCGUUCUGCCGAAAUAUCCUCAGCAAAUAAGCCAAUCCCAAGUCCCAGGCUGGGGACGGUCUCUGUCGGCGGGGGAGUCCCACCCGAAAACGCACUCGAUGCUCUGUUAGAUGAACUUCAAACUUUCGCAAAGCCGCUCAAUCAGAAUAACGAUUUACGCCCUGAUGAUUCAACCUCUGAUGACAGCUCGCAAGCUAUUCACAGCACUGUUACCACUCAGCUUUCUCAAGCCAGCCUAUACACUCCUGGUGAUCUUCAAUCUCAAUUGGCAAAUGCUGCUGCUGCCGUUGUUGCUGGCAAUAGCAACACUCUGCAUGUCAACUCCAACAUUGGCAGCCUUCGACGCCUCCAUUCUUAUCCGAGUGGCUCGGAUACUGACACCAGUCCUCCGCAACCAAUCCGCCCUAGUGGCAAACCACCAGUUCCUGAGCGCAAUGCUGAGCUCCUUUCAAAGGUUGGAAAUAAACGGGUCCCCCCACCACCUCCUCCACGGACAAGCUCACGUAGUCCACUGGCAAGCCCGACCAGCCCAAAUAUACCAAUAAGGUUGCCAUCGUUAAGUGAAUCGACUGUUGACAUCUCGAUGGGUAACGGAGAUGGCAGUGGCAACUCAAGUGGUAAUGAAUCUGGUAAUGACCAUGCUCAACGACAGAUGGCACUAGAAAUGCGCCAUCAAGAAUUGCUCAAAAAACAAAAACUUUUGCAGGAGCAAUAUGCUCGCUUACAACAAAUGAGUAAGAAUUCAGUAACCAUGCCCCCAUCUGAUAUUAUGCAACUCAAAAAGACCGGAAGUGAGUCGAACUUGCCUCAAAAAAUGGGCCUAAAUAUGGCAGUUACAGGUUCUAUGAAAAAUCUCAACACCGAGCUCAAUGUUUCCGAAAAGAACGAAAAAAAUCUCGCAAACAAAGGUGAACCCAAUGAGAUGUUAGGCAAUGGUGCUGCCGGAGUUGCACAGUCCCAAAAGGCUCAAACUACGACCACAAGCAAAGUCUACGAAACAGAUAUACUAUAACAAAAGGUAAAGACAGCAUGGAAUGAAACUGAAAUCGAUGCUUAAAGCAAAGAAUUUCAUAAUUUUUUUUUGACAAAAGAACGCACGCAUAAGCAUUUAAAUGUUAAACUUAAAAAAAAAAAACAGUAAAAAAACAAAACAAUAUGGAGGCUAAACAAAGCACACAAGCGCACCAGAAGAUGCAAUAGCUAAAAAAUUUAGUGUUUAUUCAAUACAGAGCAUAAAUCGUUAUUCCCUAAAAAAAAUAUGUAUUAUCAAAAAAAAGCCAUAACUAGAAAAAAAAAAAUAGAGUAAAUGUAUAAAGGAUCUAGACAGGAUUUAGAUAUAACGUACCUACUUACACAAUGUCAAAAUGAUUAACACAGAUGUAUGUACAUCAAUAGCUAUAUAGAACGAUUUAAUUUUGUUACUAACGAGAGUUUUGAGCUAGUAUCUAUAAUUAUGUAGUUUUCCGAAAAUUGAAGAUUAUAGGAAGAAUUUGUAUUAUUUUAUUUCAGUCUUGCAGAGAUAUUUUUUUUACCGGUAAAAUCAAAAAUCUUCACAGUAAAUUCUUUUUUACGUACUCCGCAUUUUUUUUUUAUCGAUAUUAAAUAACUUCUUACAGAAUAGUAUUGAUUAACUACAUCUUUUUGUAGUCUACACAGGCAUAUUUUCUGACGCCUAUACUGAUGUUUUUAGUCGAAACUUCGAAUGGGGCUUACCAGAAAACUUUGUAAGACCUUAGCUUAGUCAAAAUUAAUUUGAGUGGCAUAGUUUUGAUUCUGUCCAAUAUUUAACAAUUUCUUCAUUUAUCCCCUUAUACCUAAGUUGUUAUAUUUAGGUACCUUAACAUUAUCUCCGGAUCGAAAAAAGUCUGUGGUACUUUGUAGCUCAGAAAGGUAACCAAACAUACUUAUUCAUGACGCAGUGUUAUAGAAAGUGCUGAUAGUCUUCUAUCUUCAAUUCCGAGAGCUCGUCAAGGUCUUUGCCGAAGGUUUACAAAUAAAUUGGUUUCUCGUUCAACCAAGAGCCUGAUAUUGAAAAAGAAGCCAUUGAUGGUUCCCUCAACUUCGUGAGAAAGUUUUAUAGGGAAUAAUAAACUUCAAUCUGGUGAGUCUUGAAGGUCUGAUUCUUACCUGCCCAAUUUAUCUGCUCGUUCAUUAUUCUACCAUCAAUACCACGGAUUGGCCAUCAAAGGGGACAUUUCAACAAUGGCAAAUUCGUCUCAUCAUUCACGAGGAAUGAAAUUUUCUUUCACGGAGAAAAAAGUGUCACUUUAAAAUAACAUGAUGCGCACAUUAAAUUUCACCACUUUAAAUUAAGGUGAUAUCCGCUUAAAAUAAGGUGAUUCCACUUAAACUCAGUUAAAUUUAAUGCACGGAGAAAACAGACCACAUAGAAUUAAGCGGAUUGCACCUUAAUUUAAGCUGAUUUCUGCAUGGUUUUUUGCUAAGAUGAUGUUUGUUUCCAUGUGAGAAGGUAAAUUAUUAUUGAAUUAGUACAUAAAUCGUUUUUAUCUUUUAAUAAGAUCUAAUUUCUCCAACUUCUUCAGCCAAAAUUUAAGUUUUUAAGCGCUUUAAUUUGAUUUAGUAAAUUCAAUCAAAAAUUUAAAGUUCAACAUGUAGAAUAUAUUUUUAAUCAAAAUAGUGAAUUUUUAAAGUUUAUAUAAAUAAUAUAGAUUUCUUCCUAUAAAUCUAUCUUCAACUUACUCUUAACAAACAUUUAUCCACCCAAAAUAUUCCAGACCUAUUUCCUAUACGUAAAACAAAUAAAUAAAUAGAUCAUUCUAAGAAAAUUACUUCAAACAAAAAAAAACUAUAUACAUUCGUGUAGAAUCUUAUAAAACUCAUAAAUUAAAAAAAAAAAACAAAACAAAAAAAGCAGUAUGCAUGUAAGAGGGAAAA